UCUGUUUUCCAAAUUUGUUGUAAUCAGUACUUGUUACUUACAAAAUAAGAAAGAAGACGUGGCAAAAGUAUUAAAUUUGCACUUCAGAGUGAGAAUUUUGAUUUAGCUAAAGGGGAGAAUUUUCUGAUGAUAAUUUGCAGUGGGCCAAAAGAGAAAAAGGAGCUAUUUUUAAAACGUAGUGACAUCAUUUAUUCGUGUCUUGUCCAGAGAGAAAGACAGAAAAUAAUUGACUUCUCAAAAUUUCUUCUAAGCCUAAGAGUUCAUAAUUGUUACUGUUUCUUCUUUCCUCUUUCAACCAGAGUUAUAUACACACCUGGCCACACUGAUGAUCAUAUGGCCCUACUUUUAGAAGAGGAAAAUGCUCUCUUUUCUGGAGAUUGCAUCCUAGGGGAAGGCACAACCAUAUUUGAAGACCUCUAUGAUUAUAUGAGCUCCCUAAAAGAGUUAUUAAAAAUCAAAGCUCAAGUUAUAUAUCCAGGACAUGGCCCAGUAAUCCAUAAUGCCGAAGCUAAAAUUCUACAAUACAUUUCUCACAGAAAUAUCCGAGAACAGCAAAUUCUUACAUUGUUUCAGGAGAACUCUGAAAAGUCAUUCACAGCAAUGGAUCUUGUAAAAGUUAUCUACAAGGAUACUCCUGAGCAUUUACAUAAAAUGGCCGAACAUAACAUCUUACUUCAUUUGAAAAAACUAGAAAAGGAAGGGAAAAUAUUUAGCAACAUGGAUCCUGAGGAGAAAUGGAAAGCUCACCUUUAGUUUCAGCUUAAAGAAAGAUUGUGUGGUUCUGUUUGUAGAGAAUGGUAUGUUUUGUUAACUAUUAGUUAUUUACAGAGAAUAUAGCAUGUGGAACGUUGAAAAUAAUCCUAAAUAUACUGUAAAAUAAUAUCAUACUUAUUCUAAAGUAUGUAAAUUACAUUUUGCACCUAUAAUAUUAGCUAUGUGUCUCACCUAGGUCUUAUAACAUUUUACCGAAAAUUCAAAAUCCAACAGUUUAUCCAUUUUCAAUACAUAAAAUAAGUUUCUUUUAAAGUUAUAAAAGUUAUGUCAUUUAAACUGGAUAUUAUUCUUAGAGGUUAUUUAUCUAUUACCAGUGGUCAGUAAUACUGUUUUUUCUAGCUGC